AUGCGACGCAAAGAGCCCAGCCCGAGCCCGGGCACGGGUCGAGGGAAAAGCCUGAUAGCGAUGAGGACCAGCCAGCACCAACAGCGCAAGAGUGCAAAGAGCCUACUGCCAAGAAGCUAUUCGUCACCCGCGCCGUACGAAUCAGAUGUUUGUCAAACAAAUCCUCUAAAAACAUAUGUCCUUAGAAGUUUCUCGUCCCCCGAACACAAACAAGACUUCAGACGUAACUCCGACUCGUUCUAUAGACCAAAAACACACGGAUCUAGAACAGAAUUAGACUCGGACUUGGAAAACUUCGAGCACUUUGAAGAGUGCUUUAUUGAUAUCGACGCUGACCAAGACGAUAACAUACUCAGGUCAUUUAAGCCCGAGGAAACCAGAAAGGUGACAGCGACAAUAUUGCCCGGCAGUAGGCUGCAGAAAGUUACGUAUUGUCCUAUGCCAUCUACCACUUCUACUUUGCAAGGCGCCAGGGAUGCUAUGAAGAAAAUGAAGGACGACAAAGGAACUCGUCCGAACUUCAGACCGUUGGUUCUAAAGAUGUCAGCGCGCCACCAAUUUUUUGAUACCUCUGACAAUGAUCAAGGGAUGGAGGAACUGCAGGACUCUCCCCCACUGGAGCUGGAAGCAGCUGAGUUGGACAGAGAGCUCAGUAAUGCAGAACAGCACUUGGAGAGAGAAGUUGCUAUUGCUACCGAAGAAAGCGACGCUGAUACGGCACUAUAG